AACCUGCCAAGGCACAGAAUAUAACAUGUACUCAAGCUGGGGCCAGUCCCUGGUGCAAGGAUCAGUUGCCAGGGUGGUUAUAAAACGUUUCUGGCAUCAUUCUGAUCACCUCAUUUCCUGUUCCUUUGAGAAUGGAGUGCGGAGGAUAGUUUUGAACAGCCCAAAAACCAGGCAUGUGCAUCCUGUUCUUUUUUGGUUCCUCUGCUUUGCUUGUGUAUUGCAUAUUUCUAAUAUGAAGAAGAUAUGUUCUAGAAAUUCUUUGUCCUUGGAAAUGAUGAAGGCCAUUCAAGGGUCUCUGAUUCGUGACUCAAGUAAUGCGGAGCUGAGAGCUAUUGUAAUCUCUUCUGAAGGACCUGUCUUCUCUUCAGGACACAAUCUUAAGGAAUUGACGGAGAAGGAAGGCCGAGAAUACCACCAGAAGGUGUUUAGCUUAUGCACAGAGAUGAUGACAGCCAUCCCCAAGUUACCAGUUCCAGUCAUAGCCAAGGUGAGAGGCCUGGCUGCUGCAGCAGGUUGCCAGUUGGUUGCCUCCUGUGAUCUUGUCAUAGCUGGUGACAAGGCUUCCUUCUCCACACCUGGGGCAAACUUUGGCCUCUUUUGCUCCACCCCUGGAAUUGCUGUGACACGUUCUAUGUCUCAUAAGAUGGCAGCUUACAUGCUGUUCACUGGUCGACCCAUUACAGCUCAGGAGGCACAUGUGGCUGGCUUAGUCAGCAGGGUUGUCCCAGAUGAAAAACUUGGCAAGUCCAUUCCUGGAAAUUAUGAGGAGCUGGAGAAGAUGUUGGAAGACAUCCGCAACAAGAGUCGGGCUGUAAUUGAGAUGGGCAAGUCCUUCUAUCAUCAGCAAAAAGAACUUCCUAUGGAACAUGCCUACAGGAUCGGAGAGCAGGUGAUGGUGGAGAACCUGGCAUUAAAAGACGGUCAAGAAGGAAUGAAAGCGUUCGCCGAGAAGCGCAAGCCAGUCUGG